AGCUUUGUUUUACAUACCGGAAGUCGAGAGCAGGUGCUACAGGAAGUGCUCAGUACCAUUGCAGAGCAAUUCUGACGAGCUAAAGGCGUUUUCCAACUGUUCAGCUUUAGCUAGAAGGUUGAAUUUCACCAUCAACUGAAAUGAGCACUGCCAUUCCCAACCAUAGAAGGACCAAGCCUGGUGGGAUAAAGCCGGGGGCCACCAACAGUGGCGUUACUGGACCAACCUCCCAGAUUCCUGGUCUAUGCCAGAGCGCAACUGAUAGUGCGCCAGCGGAGCGGAGCAGCGGACGAAGAGUGGGCAUUUUUGAGAGCGACUCGGACUAUGUGAAGCUGGCGAAACAAGGGGGGCACAAAGGACUGCUGAGUCAUGAUGGGGACAGUGAUGACAAACCGAUGAAAGCAUACAACCCGCCCAACUGGUUUGGAGAUGAUGAGUCUAAAAGCGAAAGUAAAGCAACAUCUCCUAACAGCCAGACCAAGGGGGAAAGGCCGCCUCUGGCUGCUCCGUUUGGCACUGAUAACAGUCCCACCUGGGAAAGAGAGCCUGAUAGCUUUUCUCAUAAUAAAGAUCAGGAAUUGGAUGAUGAAUCCAUCCCACAGGCAUCUCCAGAUGGAGCUGCUGAUCAGAUGGAGGGUUUGUCAUUAGGCAACAAAUACAAGAGAAGGUCUUAUGAUAAGAAGACUACUACCCCAGUCAGCAUGUCCAAGCUGCUGAGUCAUGGUUACAUUGAGAAUAAGAAGAAGUCCUCCAACGACGACGACACUUCAAGUGUGACCUCAGAACAGACCAGCACCACCAUGACGGAAGAUGUGGACGACCUGGAGUAACCCCCUUCAGGUUUCCAGUCUGGACGGAACGGACGGGGUUUUACUGCCUCUUCCGCUUCACUCAAAGUUAUUGUGCAUCCACUGACUGUUAGGUUUUGUACUCAUGCUUAUGCAAAGGUACCAUCCUAUAUUUAUUUGCUAAAAUUUUCAAAAACUUGUUCGGUUGCAAACCAACAAGUCUCAGCUACUGUAGUGGCGUUCAGACCAAGUUAGUGACGUUCUGAAGUGUUUGUGUUCAUGUGUUGUAUUUACAGUAUGGUGAAGAAUUUGUUUUGAUCAAGCAGUCUAAGGAACUGCAGAGGCAAAGACACUCGUCUCACAAAACAAAAAAAACUCUGCAGCUGCGAUCACAUAAUGCCCAGAGCCGCCACAAAUUGUUUACUGACAGAGGGGCCAAAUAUGAUUUUGAGUUUGCUGUUUUCUUUAGUCACAGUUACAAUUUAUCCUGCAGGUAAAAAAAAAAGAAAAUCAGAUUACAGCGAGAAGUGCCAAAUCAUUCCAAACACCGGACUACUUGCAUCUGCUCCAAACUUUUACGUUUACAGCCUCAACAUGCAUCUUUAUGCAGCAAUUGAACAAACCGAAAUGACUUGAAGGCUUUUUUUGUGUUCAUGUUUACUGAAGAAAACACUAAAGUAUUAAUUUAUUUUAAGCAAAACUGCCUAAUGCAGAUCGUGUUUACAUUGUUUUCAUCGUUUUGAUCCAUAAAACAGAAGCAUUUGUGUUUGACCUAACCCGGCAAUUAAAAUUCCAAUUCUGCAAUAGAAACACUGAUUUCUAAAUAUCUAAAUUUAAAAUCUUAACAUUGCACAUUAUUAUCCUUGUGUUUUAAGCUUCUAUUGUUACUUUGCAACACGAGUCGAAUGUACCAUGUUUGGAUUAAGGUGAAGUAUAGGUUUGUUUUUACGCAAUGUUAUAUAUUUAAGUCCAGUCGGUAGCGUGCAUCCAGCCUGUAUGGGAACUUUUAGUAGCUUAACUUUGCAAUGUCAUGUGACUUGUCUAGCCCCCUCCCUCUUAAAUUGUUGAUGGGUUUUUAAUUGUAGACUGAAGGAAUCAAUUGUUGUACAGAGGAUUCCUGGAGAGUUUGUGUUGACUAGAAAUCCGCCUGACCUGGCUCAUUGACAGGACCCUGCUUAUGUUGACAACUGCUAGCAGAUUCUGAAUUAUAUAAAUAAAUGGGCAUGUGCAUGGA